AUGGCGGACUUCAGCUCUUCCCUCGGCCUCGUCACUGACAAUGCGGUGGCUUCCUUUCUCAGAGACGCCUACGAUGCAUUUUCGGAACGCAGGAAAACACUUGGGUUAACAAACCCUGGAACAGUGGAGAAUGUUGGCCGUGAAGUGCAGAAAGAUGUUUUGCUCUCCGCUUUCAUGUUCACCGGCCUACGUGCAGAUUUAACCAAAGUCUUUGGUGUCUCCCCACUGUUUCGAAUUUCGCAUGCAUUUGCAAUGGGCUCACAAGGCAAUCUGCCGCCUUACGCGUUUUCGACAAUGUUUGGAACACCCGACGUUCUCAUGCAAGGUAAUAUUGGUAGCGACGGAGCUCUUAACGCUGUCUGCAAUUAUCGCUGGAAUUCCGCCUUGGUCACGAAGGUUAACGCCCAGAUAGCCCACGGAGCUUCCCAGGGUCUUUUACAAAUCGACAAUGAUUAUACCGGCUCAGAUUUCUCCGCGUCUCUCAAGACAUUCAAUCCGUCGUUCCUUGACGGAAGCCCUACAGGAAUAUACAUUGGAAGCUAUUUGCAGUCUAUAACCCCAGGCUUGGCUUUGGGUUUGGAGGCGAUGUGGCAGCGGGCAGGGCUCAGUGCCCGUCCUGAAACCGCAAUUUCGUACUGCGCCAGAUACAAAGGCCAGGACUGGAUUGCAAGUGCUCAACUACAGGCUCAAGGAGCAGUCAAUGCGUCUUAUUGGAGGAAGCUAUCCGACAAAGUAGAGGCGGGUGUUGAUUUAAACCUACAAUUCUCACCAAGUGGCAAUCCUAUGAUGGGCGGUAGCCUCAAGAGAGAAGGAAAUGCGACUGUAGGUGCAAAGUAUGAAUUCAGGGCAUCCACAUUCCGAGCUCAGCUUGAUAGCUCCGGCAAGAUAGGCUGUCUUCUUGAGAAGAGAGUUGCCAUGCCGAUUUCUUUAACCUUUGCAGGAGAGAUCGACCAGGUUAAGCAACAAGCCAAAAUCGGCCUCGCCGUCUCGUUCGAAAUGGCGACAGAAGAGUUGAUGGAGCAGCAAGAAAGCGGCGAGCUAGGAAACACCGCAACCCCACCGUUCUAA